CCGCCGCCCGCGCCCGCCCCGCCCCCAGCCCGCCUCCUCCCGCCUCGCCCUCCUCCCUCCGGUGUCCCGUCGGCGUCCCCGCGUCCUCUCCCGCCGCCGGGGAGAGCCGGUCCGCAGCGCCAGCGCCGGCCAGACGUGAGGAAGUUUACUGGAGUAAAAUGGAGGCCUCGGUAAUAUUACCCAUUCUGAAGAAAAAACUAGCCUUCCUUUCAGGAGGAAAGGACAGACGAAGUGGCCUCAUUCUGACAAUUCCAUUAUGCUUGGAACAGACAAAUAUGGAUGAGCUGAGUGUCACCUUAGACUAUCUACUCAGCAUUCCAAGUGAAAAGUGUAAGGCUAGAGGAUUUACCGUGAUUGUGGAUGGCAGAAAAUCACAGUGGAAUGUGGUGAAAACAGUAGUCUUAAUGCUACAGAAUGUUGUUCCGGCUGAGGUGUCCCUUGUUUGUGUGGUAAAGCCAGAUGAAUUCUGGGAUAAGAAAGUAACACAUUUUUGCUUUUGGAAAGAAAAAGAUAGACUUGGCUUUGAGGUUAUUUUAGUGUCUGCCAAUAAAUUGACUCGUUAUAUAGAACCAUGUCAGUUAACAGAAGAUUUUGGUGGAAGUCUCUCUUAUGAUCACAUGGACUGGUUAAAUAAGAGGCUGGUUUUUGAGAAGUUUACAAAGGAAUCUACAUCAUUAUUAGAUGAACUUGCUUUGAUUAACAAUGGAAGUGAUAAAGGAAAUCAAGAGAAAGAAAGGUCUGUGGAUUUAAACUUCCUUCCGUCAGUUGAUCCUGAAACAGUUCUUCAGACAGGGCAUGAAUUGUUAUCCGAAUUACAGCAGCGUCGAUUUAAUGGCUCAGAUGGAGGAGUGUCAUGGUCUCCUAUGGAUGAUGAACUGCUUGCACAGCCACAGGUUAUGAAAUUAUUAGAUUCACUGAGAGAGCAAUAUACUCGUUACCAGGAAGUUUGUAGACAACGUAGUAAGCGUACACAACUAGAAGAGAUUCAACAGAAGGUGAUGCAGGUCGUGAACUGGCUUGAAGGACCUGGAUCAGAACAACUUAGAGCCCAGUGGGGGAUUGGAGAUUCCAUUCGGGCUUCGCAGGCCCUACAACAGAAGCACGAAGAGAUCGAGAGCCAGCACAGUGAAUGGUUCGCAGUGUAUGUGGAGCUUAAUCAGCAAAUUGCAGCACUCUUAAAUGCUGGGGACGAGGAAGAUCUUGUGGAGCUGAAGUCCCUGCAGCAACAGCUUAGUGAUGUUUGCUAUCGACAGGCCAGUCAGCUGGAAUUCAGGCAAAAUCUCUUACAAGCAGCCCUUGAAUUUCAUGGUGUUGCCCAAGAUUUGUCUCAGCAGUUGGAUGGCUUAUUAGGGAUGUUGUGCGUAGAUGUAGCACCAGCUGAUGGAGCAUCGAUUCAGCAAACUUUAAAACUGCUUGAAGAGAAGCUGAAAAGUGUUGAUGUAGGAUUGCAAGGUUUGCGUGAAAAAGGUCAAGGUCUUCUGGAUCAGAUCUCCAAUCAGGCAUCCUGGGCAUAUGGAAAGGAUGUAACCAUUGAAAAUAAAGAAAAUGUGGACCACAUACAAGGAGUGAUGGAAGAUAUGCAGCUUAGGAAACAAAGAUGUGAAGACAUGGUAGAUGUGCGAAGGUUAAAGAUGCUUCAAAUGGUGCAGUUGUUUAAAUGUGAAGAAGAUGCUGCCCAGGCAGUAGAAUGGCUGAGUGAGCUUCUGGAUGCUCUGCUUAAGACCCACAUCAGAUUGGGCGAUGAUGCCCAGGAAACGAAAGUUUUACUGGAAAAGCAUAGAAAAUUUGUUGAUGUCGCACAGAGCACUUAUGACUAUGGAAGACAGUUGCUACAGGCCACCGUUGUGUUGUGCCAAUCUUUGCGCUGCACUUCUCGGUCAUCUGGGGAUACACUUCCUCGACUGAACAGAGUAUGGAAGCAAUUUACGAUAGCAUCUGAAGAGAGAGUACAUAGGCUGGAAAUGGCUAUUGCAUUUCACUCAAAUACCGAAAAGAUUUUGCAAGACUGUCCAGAAGAGCCUGAAGCUAUUAAUGAUGAGGAGCAAUUUGAUGAAAUUGAAGCAGUUGGGAAAUCACUUUUGGAUAGAUUAACUGUUCCUGUAGUUUAUCCUGAUGGAACUGAACAAUAUUUUGGGAGUCCAAGUGACAUGGCUUCUACUGCAGAACACAUCAGAGACAGGAUGAAACUAGUUAGUCUCAAAAGACAGCAGCUGAGACAUCCUGAAAUGAUGACCACAGAGAGCUAAUGGCAACCAACUUCCCACAGAUCUGCGUUCACAAUAAUCCUGCAUGUCAUCGGCAUACUGCAGCAUUAGCCACAAUACAUUAAGAUACAUUUCACAGCCAAGAUAAGCCUCAUUUCUUUCCAUUACACAUUUCUCUCUACAUGUUAACACCUUGCAACUACCAAGGCAUAAUUAUUUAACAUGCUUUGAGACCAUAGACUCCAAGUAUCUUAAAAGAAGGAACUAUAAACAUUGCACUGAAAAUCUGCUUUAAAGCUUUACCUGACCUGUCAGUUUGUAGAUGAACAACUGAUAAUAAGCUUUGAGUGGUGCUAAUAAGAGUUUAGGAAUUCUCUAUAUAAAAAUAAUUGCCCUUCCUCCCCAGGUGAUAUAGUAAAUGUAGACUAUAGUAAAAUGGUUAUUAGUAAACAGUGGUGUCCUCAAAAUUUUACUUUUUAAUUUUUCUUCAAAAUUGAUUAUUUUUAUUGUGUCAGUAUGAAGAAAACAUUCAGAUCUUUGAUAUAUCAUAGUCAUUGAAAGACAUUUUCCUAUUUGUAAUGAUAAUGUAUUAAAAGUUGUUUGUGCUUAAUAAAAGGCUUCUUUUAAACAUCGUAUUUAAUUUGGUGGUUAUAUCCUAUUUCCAAACAUGAGUGCCUUAUUAAAAAGGGCAUUCUUAGGAUUGUGAGGAUGGUUUAAUACUUGUUUUUUCAAGUUGGUUGCAUGUGUUUUAGCCUGAAGAUUCAUAUGUAAGCAUGUGUAUAUAAUAAAUAAGCAUGUUUUAUCAUGAAAAAAUUAAUUGUAAAGAACAGUUUAGGUCUUUAAGAACUUACAAGUAAUGGGAAUACUGUUUCUAAUUUUUCUCUAUUUCAACUUGAAAAAAUGUGAUUCAAGUUAUUAACUACCCUGCAAAUACUUUGUCUUUGGAGGAGGAGGCUGGGGAAGAAGGCAUACACAAUUACUUAAGUGUAAUCCUUUAUAUCAGAGUUAUCUUUCUGGAACUAAAGUAGCAGUUGUUAAGUUUAAUUUCUUAUGUAGGCUAGAUGCAAAAUUCUGAAGUCUAAUAAAAACUGUGCAGCUCUUUUAGAUACAAGAUUUAUAAAAUGCUAGUGCUUUUAAGUUUAUAUGGCAAAUGCAUAUAAUUUAAUUUUUGUUGAAGAAAAUGUUUUUUGGAAAAGAUUAAAAAUAAUUUUUUAGUGCAUAACAUAAAAUUAUGCAAACAAUUGUAUGCUGGUUCCUUUUUGUCUUCAAAGUGCUCAUGUAUCCUCCAGUGUAAAAAGUUCUCUCUGAGCCUGCUGGCUUCUCUAGCCUUUUUCGCACUGCCGGACCUCUUGGAGAGAUCCUUAUCCAUUACCCCACAUCCUCACUGCUCCAUGCUCGGCACCUUGCAGUCUGCUUUACGCAGCACUGCACCGAAACUGUUCUCACUGGGCCUCCAAUUAGUGAAUUAAAUGAUUUUUUUUCAGCCUGCAUUCUUAUCCUCCUCUGCAACAUUUACACCAUUGAGCAUCCUAUCCUGCACAGUGCCCCCACGUACACCUUGAAGAUAGUAUCCUCUGCCAUAACUGUGAAUGCAGUCACAUCACUCUUACCAGUAUUUGAAAUAUAUGUAAAAAUGUGCUCUCUCAGGUUCUGUCUUCAGAAUGCUUCAUAAUCUCAUCCCUAGGGUUUCUAUUUUAUCUCAAUGUCCUAUAAUACAUCUGGCCCAAAAUUCUAGACCUUUCAACUACCUGCUUGACAUUUUGCCCUAGAUGAAGUUAGUUAUAAUAUUUUUUACCUUUCUCUUCUUGGAGCAAUUUUGGUUAAAGGUGCCACCUUUUUUUCUAGUCAAACAUGCCAGAAAAUCUGGGGGCAACAUCCGAAUGCCCCCUCUUGUCUUGUGCUGUCACUGCUUCUGAGAACAUCCAGGAAGUUCUUUCUAUAUUUGAUGAUCCUCUCAGUCUUUUAGGGCUUGACUUCUAUGAACAUAAACUUUUGUGAUUCUUCACUGUAGUCUUCAUGAUGGUGCUAACCACAUGCUACAAUUGUUACAUCUACUUGCAACAUUAUAAGCUCUUUUGAGAGAAGGAAUCUUGCUCAUGCAUAAUAGUUGCUCAGUUUCCCUGAAUGUAAAUAUUUUUUAUAGGCAUUAGUAAUAAUCCCUCAUGUUGUAGUUUGAGGUGUGUUUCAAACAUAUUUUCUAACAUUAGGACUGAGUUGUGAGUGGAUCUAUUCAUAAGGAAGUCAUUUGGUAUUUUAGAUAUGUUGAUAUUAGCUAAUUUAGAUAUUCGGUUACACCUAAUAUCUAUUUCUUCUGAAUUUCGGAGUAGUUUGAAUGUUUUUAUUAAGACUGCUACAAAAGGACUGGAUUGUAAGUAAUGAGACUUUCACUUCUACCAUCAACUCACCUGCUUAUCAAAUGAGUUAAUUUUUAUAUGCCUUAAGCUAUCCUGACUACAACGAAAGUAAAGUAAGGCAGUAUCUAGAAAUGUUAUUUGUAAUUUGAGCAUUUUCGAUGAAGCUGAAUGCACUUGUAACAUAAUAAAUAUUGUUGCUCUUCAUUUGUAAAUUUGCUGCUUUCUAUAUGUCAAUCUGUAUAUACACAUACCGUUAUGAAUGAAAACCCAACAAUGCCCUAAUGUGAUUUUUUUCAUAGUUCAUUUAGGGUACAUGUGAAGGAAGUAACUGCAGUCUUUGAAAUCGCAAGCUUUUUGUAUGUAAUAAAUUAGCAUUGGCUGGCAAAUGGAGAAAGAACCAUAGUUUCUAAUUGGUAUAUGCCACAACUUUGCAUUACUUUAGCCCAUCUCAGGGACUUAUUGAAGUGUUAAUUGGGCUAGUUUUAGUUUGGUUUGGUUUGAUUUGGGGGAUUUGUUUUUCCUUCUUACCAUGUAUUUAUUUGCUCCUGUGUAAAUUCAUUAUUGGUAGUUUGGGCAUUUAUUUACACAUGUCUAACCUAGCAGUGCUAUAAUGCAAAGAUGAUUAAUUCCAUCUCAGAUAAAACUGGUUUUGUUCCCAGGCCUCAUUGUUGAUGACCUUAUUCUGCUAGGGUGACAUUGGUGACACGGGAUGAAACUGUUCAGCCUGCCAGCUAGGAUGUUGAUUUUAGGUCUAGGAUUCAUUGCUGUGGAGAAGACUAGAUACAUCUCUCACUUUAUAGGCAUUUAAAUUAGCCAGUGUUUGCAAGUAUUACCUAGGAUUAAUGUGUUUGUUGUUUGUCUCAUCACCUGAUCAGUUGACAUAUGGUGUGCUAUUUAGUUUAUUAUUUAGUUAGUGGCAUACUGCUUAAUAUGAACAUGACAAUUUUAUGGUAGUGCUGAGCAAACCAUACUUUCUGAUAUAAGCCCAUUGUAACCAAUGGCAUGAUUGUGAGAUUAGCCGAACCUAUCUCACUAUACAGUCUACUUUUGGAGAAAAGUCAGAGUUCUUGACUACAUUUUAGUAAGUUCCUUGCCAGAGAGAUUGGAUAGAUAUUACUAUGUACUAUGGUUGUUAAACUCCUCCAUAUCUUGAACCUAUUAAAAAUGGUACAACCCUAGCCAGUUUUCUCAGUGUUAGAGUGUUGGCCAUCGGACAGAAGGGUCGCGGGUUCAAUUCCGGGUCAAGGGCAUAUACGGUUGCAGGCUGGAUCCCUUGCUCUGGAGGCAACCAAUCGAUGUGUCUCUCUCACACCAAUAUUUUUAUUUUCUCUCUCUCCCUCUCCUCCCACUUUCUAGACAUCAGUGGAAAAAAUAUCCUCAGGUGAGGAUUAAAAACAAAAAACGGUACAGGAAAUUAACAUCAGUAAAUAUCAUCAGUGACAAUAUUAACAUGAUUGGGAUACCUUUGCUUAAACCAGUGGUUCUCAACCUUCUGGCCCUUUAAAUACAGUUCCUCAUGUUUGACCCAACCAUAAAAUUAUUUUCGUUGCUACUUCAUAACUGUAAUGUUGCUACUGUUAUGAAUCAUAAUGUAAAUAUCUGAUAUGCAGGAUGGUCUUAGGCGACCCCUGUGAAAGGGGUCGUGACCCACAGGUUGAGAAACGCUGGCUUAAACCCUCCCCCAAAGGGAAAUUUCUCUAGGAUUAAAAAGUGGGCUAAAACAUAGCUGAAUACAGUUAACCUAAUUAACAAGCUUACCAGUGUUAACUUUCAGUUCUAAAAAUAAAAAGCUUCAGUUGGGAGUGGAAGUACUCUUCUGUAGGGUAACCAAUACCUUGAUAAGGCAAAAUGAAGUACAGAUUUAACAUGACAUUAUUUGACUUCAGUAUGUGCUACUGGAAAGUAGUUUUUGCUAAUAAGUAUAAAUGAUGGCAAGAUCAUAAACGCUAAGUAAUAGAGUGAAUAUAAUGUAAAGAGUUGAGUUGACUACUUGACUUAAAAAUCUAGCUUUGCCAUUUAAUGACCUUGGUAAAAACCACUAAACGUCUUCCCUGAUUCUGUAAAUUACAGACAUCAAAUAAUAUCAAGAGUGAAAUACAAUCAUGUUUAAAGAAUAUUUUGAAAGCUAAAAUGUUAUCCAAAAUGGAAAUUAUUAUUAGUAUAAUCAUCUUUUCAGAAUAGAAAAUAGGGCAUUCUUUAAUUCUGCUUUUGCCUCAGAUGACAAGCAUGGGGUCAUGUGGAAAUAGCACAUUGUUUAUGCUCACUUCCCUAAGCUCUAUUUCCCUGACAUUCAGAAUUGCUUACUGAAAAUACUAAGGGUGGAUGAGCUCAUGGUUAAAUAACAAGACUUUUAAAUCUGACAGAUUAACUCUCUAUGGCAGUGUGGUAGUAGAGCAGCAAGAAGCAAGAAAAGUGAAGAGUAUCACUUGCUUUGAGGUUGACAGGACAUGACACAAUUCCAUUAAUAAAUAAGUAAAGGAAAAUCCUACCUGGAGUGGAUCCUACUGACCCAGCACCAAUCUAUAGAAACAACCAGAGCACAGACCUGUUAAUAUAUUUAUAUUUAUAAAGUAUCCCAAUAAUGAGGUACAAAACAUGACUUGAGACCACUCUUAGUUCUGUUAGGGUUAGAGAAAAGAAAGCUUGAAGAGCUUUAGCAGUGAUAAGAAUAGAAAAAGGCUGUAACAGAGAUUGAUAGAACUAAGGAUCCUCUGUGAGAGCACAAUAGGGGAAUGAUUAAGAAUGAAGAAAGUUCAGAGAUGUGAUACUGUAACAUGACUAAUAUUACAUAAUCAAGAUGAGUUUUAUUAGAGGACUCUUAUGGAGCAGUACAUAUGAUACCUGUAUAUAAUGAUACAGGAAUUUUUAGCAGAUAACUAAAAAGUUACCAACUUCGAGGUAAGAAUAGUGUUGUUAGUGGAUUUUUAGGGCUGUGAAAAACUAUUUCUGAAAAAGGACUAUUGAAGUCUGAAUCCAUUCUUAGUGAAUCUGAAAGAGGCACCUUAGAAGUAUUUACAAGUAAAAUGCCAUCUCUCUAGGGUGUCCCCCAAUUGUCCCUCAGAGAGACAGGAGGAUGAUUCGGAUGUCCUUUCCCUCAGAACAUGGAGGCCUGUUCACUAAGACCAAGCUUCACAUCAUGUUUUGGGUCUACAUGUCUUUUCUGAUAAUUACCCUGGUUCUUUUUUAGUUCAGAAAUCAUGGUAAAAACAGUUUCUAAGCUUGACUUUUCAGAAUGUUUCUUCAUCUUAGUUCUUAUGUUAGUCUACACAGUGAACAAAUUUGCUUAGAAUGUGUAUAUAUAUAUAUUGUUUUUGAACCAGCAUAGAUUUGAGAACUCAUUACUCACCUCACACUCUGGAAUGUCCUUUCACAAGCUGUUAAGUUUCUAAAUUGACACUGAUUGGAAGAAUUUGAUGGUUAUAUAAUAACAUGGGAUCAAUAAUGAAAAUUUUCAGCAGCAUUUUUUGGUAAGCUUGUACCCUGGAUUUUUCCCCCAACAGUUUUAUUAUAAAAAAUUUUCAAACAUAAAAUAGUUAAAAUUUUAUAGUGUACUCACCAGUCAGGUGCUAGUUCACAUUAAUUAUGCUUGUAUUGUCACAUAUCUGUCCAUCCAAUUCAUCAGAUCACAUUUUGAUGCAUUAUAAAUUUCAGACAUCUAUACACUUCAUACUACUUCCACAUACCACAUCAUUAACUGGAAUUCAACAUUUGCUUACGCUUUCUUAUGUAAAAUUAGGACACGACGAAAUGCAUAAAUCGUAAGUGUGCAUCCACUGAGUUUUGGCAAAUGUAAUAUAGUGCUAUCAAAAUAUAAAGCGUUAUCAGAAAAUUCACACAUGGCCCUUUCCACCCCACUGCACAAAAGCACCACUGUUGUUUUUCUAUCACAAACCAAAUUUGUUUUAGAUCUUUGUGUAAAUAGAGUCACACAGCAUGUACUCUUUCUAGAAGUACCAUGUUUGAGAGAUUUAUCCAUGUUGUUUGGUGUAUUGGUGGUUCAUUUCAGUUUUAUUGCUGAGUAGUAUUCCAUUGUAUGACUACAGUGCAGUUUAUCCAUUUUCCUGUAUGAUUACCAGGGCUGUCUCCAAUAGUGGCAGCUAUAAAUAAAGCUGCUAUGACAUUGUUAACAUAAGUCUAAUGUGAACAGAAGCUUUCAUUUCUCUUGGGUGCUUACCUAGGAUUAGAAUUUCUGUGUCACUGGGUAGUUUAAAAAGAAACGGCCAUACCUUUCCCCAAUGUGGUUGUACUGUGUGUUGGAUUUUCACUAUAUUUUUGGAUGUGUAGAAAGGUGUAAACUUUUUUUUAUGAUCCAUAUUUGAAAUACUAGAAGUUGUUUUCAGAUAGAAUUGACAUUGUUCAUGGUUUUGCAGUUAGUGUUUUUGAGGGAAGCAAAGACCUGUCUGCCCAAAACAGUCCCCAAGGGGUUCGUGUGCCUGAAAUUUUAGCAUCAGUUUCACUCUUUGAAAGAUUAAAGCGUUUACCCAAGUAUGGUGAUACAUUAGCUAGAAGAAACAGUAUUGCCCUAACUAGUUUGGCUCACUGGAGAGAGCGUUGGCCUGUGGACUGAAGGGUCCCAGGUUCGAUUCCGGUCAAGGGCAUGUACCUUGGUUGCGGGCACAUCCCCCGUAGGGGAUGUGCAAGAGGCAGCUGAUUGAUGUUUCUCUCUCAUCAAUGUUUCUAACACUCUAUCCCUCUCCUUUCCUCCUUGUAAAAAAAAUCAUUAAAAUAUAUUUAAAAAAAGAAACAGUACUGAUUUGUUUAUGCUACUAACUUUUGUCACCCAUCUUCAGUAGGUAAAGUAAAAUUGAUAAUUGAACAGAAAAGAUUAUUUCUGUUUAAUGGGAGCAGAGUGAGUAAUAAAAAAAACAUAUAUUGUCAGUCCCAGGUACAGCAAUGUGAGAGAGAACCAUCUAGACCCCCAAAUGGCAGUCAAGAAAUCCGAAAACUAGCUGGGAAGAAUUCUACCUCACGGUUGUGCAUAGAGGAUAGCUAUGUUUUUUGCAGGGCGUUUUAGCAUUUGCAAAUCCUAUUUUAGCGUUGUCUUUUUAUUCUGUACCACCCAGCUACAGUUAUUUCACACCCUAGUGACUUAUCCAUUGUGUUUUACCCUCUCCUGUUCUAUUGCAUAAAACAGUUAUUUGUAUAUGCCUAUAAAAUCAUAAUAUUUAUGUUUCCAAUGCUCAUGUUUAAAGAUAUUUAUGUAUGGUUCAUCCAGUCUUUCCUAUUCAACUUUUAAGGGCUGGGAUAUUUUGCCUCUACUGUAAAUCCUUAUAAUGUUCUAUACAUUGUAAAUGCAAUAAAAUGUUAAAAUUAUA